AUGAUGCUGUUCGGACCAGUGUGGAUGCUCGCUUUAGCAGGAAUUUGUUCUUGCUCUGGCCUAGCCGAUGAGAAAGUGGACGUCUGUGCUCUUCCUCCGGAAGUGGCUGGUGACGGAUCUGGUUUCGAAGCGUGGUAUUACGAUACAAAUGUCGGUAAAUGCUCAAAGAUGUUCUCGAAGCAUACCAAUUCGAGGCCUGGAUUAAACCGAUUCGAUAACGAGACUCAAUGCAAUGUCAAAUGCAGACCUGACGUACCCAGCUUCUGUUUCGAAAAACUUGAUAACGGCAUCCGCCAAGGCUCGAAGUCCAUGUGGACUUAUAAUUCUGACCUCUCACAAUGCGUCCAGUUUCAAUGGAGCGGAGGUGAAACAGAAGGGAAAAACGUGUUUCGUUCAAAUCAAGAUUGCCUAAAGAAGUGUGAAAUUCCUGACCUCGGUGAUUGCUCAAUGCCACCAACAAGAAUAUGCAAGAGAAACGAUGAUGAAUGGUAUCGGUUUGAUCAGAGGACGCAUACUUGCCGGCCUUUGGAAUUUCUCGAAUGUCCGAAUCGGGAGGGCAAUACAUUUGGUUCGUUUUACGGAUGCAACCAGCGGUGUGGGAGAUUUGUAAGGAACAAAUGCGGGAUGCCAAUACAAAACAUGAGUAUUUGCGCUACUGUCAGUACAAGGUACGGCUACAAUGCAAUUCAGCAAAUGUGUGAGGAGUUUCAAGGCUGUGACGAUGGCGGAAAUAGCUUUCCUUCCGCUGAAAUGUGUUGGAAAACUUGUGCCCAAAACACAAGAAGCCCGUGUGUAAUGCCUCCUGACUUCAACUAUUACGGAUUCUUUUCGAGAUAUUAUUACGAUAUUAAAACUAACAGAUGUCAAGGCUCAAGUAUAUCGGGUAAAGGAGUUCCUGGAAACACAAAUUUAUUUUGGUCAAUGGAGGACUGCAAAAAAACUUGCAUAGCAAAGCAUCAACCUGGAAUGAAAUAUUAA